CUCUGGACUAGAGCUGUCUGGAGCUGGAGUCGAACUGUCGCCCGCAGCCGUCUGUUAUGCAUGAUGUCUCCUCUCGCUGCCCGCGUGCUGCUUCUUGUCUGCUUGGCUUUACCUCUUUAUGGCGUGGAAAAGGUGAGAAAUAGAGGAUACCGAAAGGAUCCUGACGCCGACAAGUGCACUGGGAAUGACGCAGAAAAGCCCAACUGCACUAGACACUCUGGAGAAGGAAGAGCUGCCAAUUUGAACAACAUGUUUGGCAGUUGCAUUCAGGGACCAGCAGGCACCCCUGGCAGAGAGGGUAACCCCGGAAACAACGGCAUCCCGGGGACGCCGGGCAUCCCCGGCCGCGACGGGCUCAAAGGCGAGAAAGGCGAGUGCAUCAACGAGAUCUUUGAGGAACCCUGGAGGCCCAACUACAAGCAGUGCGCCUGGAACUCUCUGAAUUAUGGCAUUGACCUGGGAAAAAUAGCUGACUGUACGUUCACCAAGCUGCGUUCGGACAGCGCCCUCAGAGUCCUCUUCAGUGGCUCCCUCAGACUCAAGUGUAAAAACGCAUGCUGCCAGAGGUGGUACUUCACCUUCAAUGGAGCCGAGUGCACUGGACCCCUGCCCAUAGAGUCCAUCAUCUACUUAGACCAAGGGAGUCCUGAGCUCAACUCAACCAUCAACAUCCACAGAACGUCCUCAGUUGAAGGGCUGUGUGAGGGGGUCAAAGCAGGGCUGGUGGAUGUGGCUGUGUGGGUGGGGACCUGUGCUGACUAUCCCAGAGGUGACGCAUCUACAGGGUGGAAUUCAGUAUCCAGGAUUAUCAUUGAGGAACUGCCAAAAUAAAAUAAAGAGAGUUACAUGUCAGGGAGGGGCCGGUCCUGGUAGUGUGGCAGUGUGUUAUUUGACCAUCCUAAACGAUCAGGUACGGUUUGUUGAGGCGUCACAGCAUCACUGAUGGUAACUUGAAUGUUUUCUUUUUUUAAAUACUAGUUGACAGGCCUAUAAACAAGAAUACUGUGUGAUUCUGUCCACCAGAAAUAAAUGUUGUACUGUAGCUUUCCUGCUUAUGGGUGCUGCUGUUGGUAAUACAGUAACCAUUCAACAGACAUUGUGACAAGACAUUGACAAUAUUUAAACUAUGUACUCAUGUGACAUUUUUGUAUUCAUUAUUACUGUUAAUAAAGUCAUC